CGGCUCUACCCGGAGACCCGAGCCGGCGGGCGGGCGAGCGAGCCCGUCGUUGUCGGUGGCGGCAUGGUCUUCUGUCUGGAAAACGAGGUGCCGCACCGCCCGCUGCGAAGCGCCAUGGUCCACUUCCAGGCCUCAGAAGUCCAGCAGCUGCUACACAACAAGUUCGUGGUCAUCUUGGGGGACUCCAUCCAGAGAGCUGUGUAUAAGGACCUGGUGCUUCUGCUCCAGAAAGACUCACUGCUCACAGCUGCCCAGUUGAAAGCCAAGGGGGAGCUGAGCUUUGAACAGGACCAGCUGGUGGCUGGGGGCCAGCUGGGUGAGCUGCACAACGGGACACAGUAUCGCGAGGUCCGCCAGUUCUGCUCGGGUUCUGGCCACCACCUUGUACGCUUCUACUUCCUCACCCGCGUUUACUCUGAGUACCUUGAGGACGUCCUGGAGGAGCUGACAUAUGGGCCUGCCCCCGACUUGGUGAUCAUCAACUCCUGCCUCUGGGAUCUCUCCAGGUAUGGCCGUUGCUCGAUGGAAAGCUACCGAGAGAACCUGGAACGAGUGUUUGUGCGCAUGGACCAAGUGUUGCCAGACUCCUGUUUGCUGGUGUGGAACAUGGCAAUGCCCCUAGGCAAACGCAUCACUGGGGGUUUUCUUUUGCCAGAGCUUCAGCCACUGGCGGGCACUCUACGACGGGAUGUAGUUGAGGGCAACUUCUACAGCGCUACACUGGCCGGGGACCAUUGCUUUGAUGUCCUGGACCUCCACUUUCAUUUCCGGCAUGCAGUACGGCACCGCCAUCGAGACGGUGUCCAUUGGGACCAGCAUGCACACCGCCACCUCUCACAUCUGCUUCUGACCCAUGUGGCUGAUGCCUGGGGUGUGGAACUGCCCAAGCGUGACCGCCCCCCUGACCCGUGGAUUGAGGACUGGCCAGAGAUGGAUCAUCCAUUCCAGGGAAGCCAUAGGCAGUCCCCAGACUUCGGGGAGCAACUGGCCUUGCCUCCACCCCCACCCUCUCCUUUACCCCCUCCCAUGUCUUUUCCUUAUCCUCUUCCUCAGCCCUCACCACCUCCCUUGUUCCCACCCCUGCCCCAGGAUGCCCCUUUUUUCCCAGGCCAGCCCUUUCCACCCCAUGAAUUCUUCAAUUACAAUCCAAUGGAGGACUUCUCGAUGCCACCCAACCUAGGAUGUGGCCCUGGAGUGAACUUUGUGCCUGGCCCCCUGCCACCUCCAGUCCCUGGCCCUGUCUCCCAUGGUCAGCACCGAGGUCCAGUGGUCCACCGGGGAAUGCCACGUUGUGUUCCCAACAGCCCCUACCAUGUGCCAAGGAUGGUGGGACCCUGUAGGCAACGGCUCAGGCACUCAGACAGACUGAUCCACACAUACAAACUGGACAGACGGGGACAUGCCCAUUCGGGAACAUGGCCUGGGUAGAUUGGAUGUUGGGCUGGGGGCUGGAUGUGCCAGUAGCCCUGCAGGGCCUGCUUGGCACCCCAGGUGUUGGGCCUGACAUUGUUCUUGUCCAUUGCUGUCACCAAUAAAGGCGUGGAAGGACAGAGUGACAUAUUCUGUAUAAAGGGAGUGGGCCUCCCAAACCACGGUCUUAAGAGUUGGUGAGGUUGCCUUUCACUUUCUCUGAUAUUGGAAAUUUGGCCACACUAUUUAGAAAUCACUGAAUAUGCUCUUCUGCUGUCUAACACAUUCAUGUCUAUCUUUACUAGAACACAUAAAUUUAGCAAAGAUUUUGGAGAGGUCUCUUAUUGUCAGCAGCUCUUUGGGCCUGAGAAAAACCAAGGGCUAAAAUUUUGAAUCUGGCUAAUUCUUACCUAAUCUCCCAGUUUCAUGUAAUCAUGUAUAUAUUCAAUAUUCAUCUAUUCCUGGAGGUAGAUAACUUUAUCUGGCAUAAUUCUUAGCCCAUGGUGGCACUCGUGUUUAGAACUAACCAGAACCUCCCAAAUCCAAGUGGGAGACCAGUUAGAAACUCACUGUUUACUUGAUGUAUUGUGCAGUGGGAACAAAUUAAAUGAAGACCAACUUUUGGUUGUGGGAAUCGAAAGAAGAAAUCCAACAUGGUUGCGGGACCAGAGUACUAGUGUAGAGGGUAGUAGCAAACCACGUGGAAGUUAAGGAAAGCAGAGAGAGGUACAAGAGCUCAGCUUUGACAAGUGAUCCUGACCCUUGGAUUCUGAUCCUACAAAGAGCAUUAGCAGUGGAAUGUUGGGCUGAAGUGGCAGGAGGCGUCCAGGAUGGAACAUGGCAGUGGGCUAAUGAGUGAUGUAGUGGCAGAAAAAAAUGAAGAUCCCUUAAAUAAGUAGAAUGGAGGGAGGGCAUGGCACAUGAUUCUUGCACUUCCCAUUCUUAUUAAUGAAUCCUUUGAAAAGGACGUUAAUGUCUAACACAAAAGGAGAUAAAUAGUAGAUCAUAAAAUUGUUGAUUCUGGCUAGCAAUCUACUAGACUAAAUGGAAGCAAAAGGAAGUGAUUAACACAUUGGUGCUGAGGAACAGGUACAGGCAACCCAAGUUGAUAAAACCCUUUAGAAGAGCAGUCUUGGUACCAACCCAGUGCCUGAAACAAAUACUUUUGAAUUUCAUUGGCACAAACAAACAAAGGGCAUGUAACAAAAAUGAAUUUUUAAAGCGAUAUGAAUAGAUAAUUUUCUUUGCAGAAAAAGAAGUUUUUUUCCUUAGCAAAACCCAUCUUGGAGUAGCCCUUCAACUGCAUCUACUUUUCCCAGUCCCUUGCCACUGCUUUAUGCCUUUCUUUCUCAAAACCCUUUCUUGUGUCCAGACACUUUUGCACCUUUAAUUCUGGAUGUUCUGACUGUUGCUAGAGAGUAGUGUGUACCUGGAUUGAUUUGCAGGAUAAAAACAAUGUGAGGUGUCCAGGCUUGCUGGGCCUUCUCUGUUGCUUGUCAUGUUGUUCUCCAGGAAUUCCCUGUCACCUCUCCUAUUCAGUCAUUCCAGGGUUUUUCCACUUGCUUCUGGAACUCCAUCCUGACUCUGGAAUUCUCACUCUGUAAGCAAUCUUGAGACUCUUCCAUGUGCUCAACCUCCCCUGCAUUCUACCUCUUUCACUUCUACCCCAUUUUGCAAUGUGAAUUACUUUAUAUCUAUGUCCUGACCCUUUU